GUAAAAUUAGAAGUCACAGCCUUCCGUAAGUUCCGUGUGUGUUGCGGAAAAAUCCCUUUUUGGGCGGCCGACCACAUGUGUGAAUAGUGAACAAAAUAUGGUUCUGUUAUGAUUUUAUGUUAAUAGAAGCGUAUUUCAUAGUGAUCGGUACACGACAUCGAUAGAUAAAGUGCGUACGGAUCGUUCAGUGUGCCAGAAAAGUUGGAACAAGACGACGGAAGUGCAUUUUUUUCGAUGUAAAUACGGUCCAACCAGGGUCAGUCCGGUGUGCUACGAGAGGUUCGCGCAUAUUUCCCAGCGACCGGCCGUGUGUGCGCGCCACUGGGACGUGUGAGUUAAUCGUGAAUUAUUCGACCUUCGCACUGUUCGAUCGGCCAGUUUUCAUCGGGAAAGUUCGUUCGCGAUUAGUGGGUUAACCCCAUCAUGCCGUCGUGUUGAGGGGCAUGGAGGCGCGCUCGUGAUCGUCUGUUGGCGCGGAGCGCGCGCCCGGACUUACAUAACGAGGGCAGCGGCGGCAUGGCCGCCCGCGUGUCCGCCGAGGGCGCAGGGCCCUCUUACGCGUCAGUGUUGAACUUUAGAGGGAGUGACAGUAAUAAGGAAAACAUUGAGGCCGCACCGGGCGAAGUGCCUGACGCGCCUCCGACGAAGCAGGAUGAUGAAGAAGAAGAGGGUUUUGUGCCCGUCAUAUCGCACGGACGCCGUCCCGGGAAGGGGCGAAGGCACCCUGAACGUAGGGCUCCACCUCGUCCUCACAAGGCGCCCGCUCAGCACGCUGAGCCUCAGCCAACACCAGAGCAGCAGCAACAAGCUUCAGAAAGUCAGCCCAAGAAGUUUGUUGAAGCUCCAAUUCCAAAAGUGAACCCUUGGCAGACUUCAGACCCCGAACAGGUACGAGGUGGCAGCACGGGAGUACCACCGCCAGCUGCUCCGGCGAUGAUAGAGCAGGAGAAGCGGUCGCCGCUGCAGCCGCAGCAGCAGGGCAGGGUGCACCCGGAGCCUCCAAUCGUUCCAGUGCCUCCGCCCCCUAAGCCAGCGAUAGUGAAGGCGCCGAAACACGCGAAAAUUAAUCAAAAGGUCUUUUGA